AUGAUCAAGUCCUUAGUAGUCGCUGCGGAAAUCACCAGUUUGGUCAGCGCGACGCUCACGGUGAGCCGUUGCCAAUAUAGCCCCCAUGAGUCCGAUGACGGUAAAUGCUGUUGUGUGAGAUCCACUAAUCGCCGCUAUCGCGGGACUGAAGUUCAGCUUUGCCUCGACGGCGACGACGGACUUCCCUCAUUCAAAUGGGCUAAGUGCCCUGUGAAAGAGGAUGGAAAACUCAUUAGGGGUGAAUUUACGAGCGAAGACGUUCGCGUCCCUCGUGAGGUUUAUGAGAAGUUCUUUUCGGGAUGGAGCCCCAGGGCCGACACACUUGCCUCGUGUAAAUCAGCCUUCCGCAGCUUUCAGAGGAACGCUGUCGGGCGUACGUGGGGAACAGCCAGUCGCAGAGUCGUCGAUAACGUGUGCUCAAUGAUCGAUGCCUACGAGGAGAAAGCGGCUACCCCCAAGACCAAUCCAACUCAGAAAGCUACCAAAUUCGACCAGUUCGAUGAAUUCAACCCUGCGUUGGCCCGUCGCAGACUGGGUAGUUCGAAACGGGGUCUAGCACUUGGCCGAUUGACGAACUCGGUUACUAAGCGUGUGCGAAGGUCAAGCGAAGAGAAGGGAAAAUAUCGCCCGAACGUUCAGGCUAAAUCUGUUGACGAUAAGGGUGCAUUCCUCGAUAUCUGCUAUAUAGCACCGAGGAAGGGAGAGGCGGAGAACCAAAGAUGGGGAGUCUUGUUUGAGAGUAACGAGGAUAAGUACCUCAUACCCCUUUGGGCCGAGUGUAACAAUAAUCGACAUUUAGAAGGAGCAAUAGACGCUGGUCGGUUUGACUCCACCGGUAGUCACGUCGCUAAUGGUGGGGGAUAUAUCGAGCGUAUUAUGAAAGAUGACGAAAGACGCAAUGAGCGCGUUGGCUGCUCUACGAAGUUGAACCGUUUGUUCACGAAGUUGAUGGAAACGAGUAAAGAAUUCAGUGAAACUGUGUACGCGAAUAGCAAUCUCCGGAGGAAGAAGAGCGACAGACUACUGCUAAUCACUGAGUUCUGCAAGUACUCUCGCAACAUCGACUCCGCCUUGGGCCCACCAGACCUGACUGCUAAGUUCAUUGGGGAUCGAGGCACUCCGGAGGCAUACUCUGGAGGUGGUGAAGAUGGUGAUUAUGAGGACGAGGAAGAGGAAGAGGAGGAGGAGUGA